AUGUCGACCCCAGCAGCAUUCGAGACCGUGGACCAGGCCGCUCAGGACGUCGCCGAGGCAUUCGACGUCGCCAUUCACAAGUCCAGCGUCAAGCCCGCACUACCCCAUGUCGCCUUUGCCGCCGACGUGGCAGCUUCCAAGGCCCGCUUCGCGGCAUGGGCCGCCGACGUCGGCCUGGGCGCCGGCCACAUGGAUACGCGGCUGUGCAGCCGUGCGAAUGGUCUUCGCGAGCAGAUCCUGCUGGCGCUGUGGGACCUAGCUGGCCAGAUCUCCACGAUGGUCACCGUCUGGACGCUGGGAGACCAGGAGGACCCGUCGCAGAAGCCUGGGCUGAUUUGGGGCUGCAUGGUCUACGAUCUUGUCUUGCUCGAGAGUCUGAGUGACGAGGUCAAAAAGGCCAUGAAGGUGGAGCAGUACGGAGAUUUCAAGCAGCGCACAGAAUAG